GUCUACGCUAAAACCAACUGUGAUGGCUUUAAGCAUGAAGGCUUCAAUUAAAGUACAAUUACAUAUCCCUCUUACAACAUGCAGAAGGAGUUAUUAGAAGAAUUUUAUGAUGAUUGCGGUGUUACACCCGAAAUGCUCUCCUACAUAGAGGCCCAUGCAACUGGUACUCCGGUAGGAGAUCCGGUAGAAGUAGACGCUAUCGAUCAAGAAUUAUGCUUAAAAAGAACCAGUCCUUUAUUAACGGGCUCGGUGAAAUCAAAUCUUGGCCAUUCGGAGCCUUCCAGUGGUCUCUGUCAAGUGGCAAAGGUAUGUGAAUAUAUUUGUUUUAACGGUGCCUUUAAAAGUUAA